AAAAAUCACUCCUUUUUUCCAUCCACCUUAGCUUUCCUCUUCCUUUAUUCUCUCAACCUUUUGGCUUUUGCCCCCCCAUUUUCUACUUACUUCACCUACAAAUAGUGAGCCCAUGCAACUACUUAAAGGGUAGAUAACUUUCUUCCCCCUCCUCCAAGUUCCAACCAAAACCUCCGCACACUAGCUAUAAUCUUUGCACACCCUUCUCAUAGAUAUCCUUUUUUCUCGGGUAAGCGACAAAUUCAUCAAUACUUCGAUAUUAAUAAUAAGAAUGACCAAUAUUUGCCAAAAUAUCUCCCCGCGUUUUACAGUUCUUGCAAUUUGCUAGAUCCAAUCACGACUAUAUAUAUCAUCGCUGUAUUCAUUUCUUGACAAGAGUUUAAAAGAACGAGUUUUUUCAUUUUGUUUCAUAUAAUCCUCCCUCCACCUCAUCCCUCUCAAGAACAAAAAAGUCCAACCUUGCAACUCAACAUUUUCUGAUUUUUCCUAUCCCAAAAAAACAUAUAGAAAAAUAAAAAUAAUAAUAAACAACUAAUAAAAGAACAGGUUAUUGCCUUGCUAUCAGCCCACCUGCCUCUUUAUCUUUGAACAGAUCAACCCCCCAUAUUCACAUCUAUCUCGUGAGACGUAAUCUUCUCUACUACUUCCCUUCUUUGCUACCCAUCAAUCUCUUCUAUCUUUCAUCCCUUUUUUUUACUCAAAAAAGGGAAGUUCCUCAUUUUUAAGCCAUUAAUAAAUAUAGAGUUCCAACAAAAUAGCAAUGGCAGCUUGUAAAAGCCUAAGGCACAUCUUUGAGAACACGAUAGUACCUGAAAACAGUUCUUCUCCUUCCUCUGCCUCGUCCUUGAUUGAUUCUCUUUCGCCUUGGAACCAUAUUAAAGCUCUCAAACCACCCCUUGAUCACUCCUUCACCGAGAUCUUCGGUGAGCUUCAUUUCAAAGAGAAUCAUUCCAACCCCACAUCGUCGUUUUUUCCACCACUAAGGUCGACAUCAGUAGCAUCAGCAUUUCCUAUUGACUUAGUUUCAGAAAAAUCUGACAUAGACAAACAACAGGAUGAGAAGAGUGGAGGUGCACUUACCUCGUUUCCGACUAACGAUGGGUACUCACGGCCAUACCAUAGGAAGAGCGACAGUUUCUCAUCUUUGAACUCUGACAGCCUGCAGCUGUGUACUGAAGGCCUUGGUUCUGAGAGCUUGGGUGAUGUGGAGGAUUUGACGUUGGAGGUUCAGAACACAAAUUCUAAACUGCAUGCCAGAAGACAUUCAAGUGACUCUUACUGCAGGAAGAUAAAAGUUAAUGGAGCAACGAUGUUCCCUCCGCCUAUAGCUUACAUUGGACAGGCAGGAAAACCCUCUGUUUCCUUUCAGUCUUACAGAGAAAAUGGCAGGUUUGUGUUAAAGGAGGUUAGGAUACCUACACAGGAGUGUCUUCAAGCUAGCAGGGAAGAAGGGCGGCUUCGUUUAAGCUUUGUUCAACCAGAUGAAGAAGAUGAUGAUGACAACGACAAUGAUGCUGAAGAUGAUGGUGGAGAGGAAGGAUGGGAAGGAGAAGAAGAGACGUGUGGUGUUGGAAGGAUAGAAGAUAUCGAAGAAGAAGAAGAGGGAGCCAAAGGAGAAGGUGUUGAGGAGGAGGAUGAAUUUGUGAGAAGUUAUUCAUGAUUUUAUUGAUUAUUGAUGUAAGGAGCUGAGUAAAGAGUUGCAGCAACCUGCAAGAGACGAUAGGUUUCGAAAUUUGUGUUCUUUCCCUCUGUUCAGAAUUCUAAACAAGAGGAUAACAGCAAGAAUAAUUGGUCCUCAUCACAAGUAGUUUUGUACAUUGAACCUUUAUUACUAGUAUUGUAUUUAAGAUGCUAACCUAGCUGAAAAUCCUGAAACUGAAAAUACUGAACUACUGCUGGAGCAAAAUGCAAUAUUUGGAUAGAUGAUUGAAGUCAUGCCAAUAUAGCCACAAAAUCUACCAGUACUGUGAGAAAUCUGUGGAAGAAAAGCCUAUAAACCUAUUGUAUUAUCGAGACGUGUUAAAUGAGCCUGGUUCAUUACAAGCAUUAAUCUGUCUCAAGUAUCAGAUUAUCACAGGCUCGCAGCAGGUGGAUUAGAUAUAUUGGAGUCUGAGAAUAAUAGUCCCAAGUCAAAAUCAGGAUUCAGCUGAGGUUAACUUCAUCUUUGUUCUUGCUUUAAGAAAGCCUAAAUUGUGCAUUAUGAACAAGAUAUAGCAAUUUGAUUUUGUAUGAUCAAAA